AAGUCAAAUUACAUGAUGAUUGAAGAUAAUAAAGAGAAUGAAGACCAUGCAUCUGAAAGAGGAAGAACAGCCAUCAUUUUUUCCUUGAAGAAUGAAGUCGGAGGACUUGUAAAAGCCUUAAAACUCUUUCAGGAGAAGCAUGUAAAUCUGGUACACAUUGAGUCACGGAAGUCCAAGAGGCGAAAUUCUGAGUUUGAGAUCUUUGUGGACUGUGACAGUAACAGAGAACAACUGAAUGAGAUCUUCCAGCUCCUGAAAUCCCAUGUCAACGUUGUCUCUGUGAACGCAACAGAGCAUUUCAAUGUCCAGGAAGACAACAUGGAGAAUGUUCCCUGGUUUCCGAAGAAGAUCUCAGAUUUGGAUAAGUGUGCAAACCGAGUGCUGAUGUACGGGUCCGAUUUGGAUGCUGACCAUCCAGGUUUCAAAGACAAUGUCUAUCGCAAGAGGCGAAAGUAUUUUGCAGACCUGGCUAUGAACUACAAACAUGGUGAUCCAAUUCCCAAGAUUGAAUUCACUGAGGAGGAGAUCAAGACUUGGGGGACUGUGUACCGAGAACUUAACAAACUUUACCCAACUCAUGCCUGCAGAGAGUACCUUAAAAACUUACCCUUGCUCACCAAAUACUGUGGGUACAGGGAAGACAAUAUCCCCCAGCUGGAAGAUGUGUCCCGCUUCCUGAAAGAGCGCACAGGUUUCACCAUUCGCCCUGUUGCUGGAUAUCUAUCACCGAGAGACUUCUUGGCAGGAUUAGCAUUCAGAGUUUUUCACUGCACUCAAUAUGUUAGACACAGCUCAGACCCUCUCUAUACACCAGAGCCUGAUACCUGUCACGAGCUCCUAGGCCACGUCCCUCUCUUGGCUGAACCCAGUUUUGCCCAGUUCUCCCAGGAAAUUGGUCUUGCGUCACUUGGGGCAUCAGAUGAGGCUGUCCAAAAACUGGCAACAUGCUACUUCUUCACUGUAGAGUUUGGCUUGUGCAAGCAAGAGGGACAGCUACGAGUUUAUGGGGCUGGCUUGCUCUCUUCAAUUAGUGAGCUCAAGCACUCACUCUCUGGCAGUGCCAAAGUCAAGCCUUUUGAUCCAAAGGUCACCUGCAAGCAAGAAUGCCUCAUUACAACUUUCCAGGAGGUUUACUUUGUUUCUGAAAGUUUUGAAGAAGCAAAGGAAAAAAUGAGAGAGUUUGCAAAAACCAUCAAGCGCCCAUUUGGCGUGAAGUACAAUCCAUAUACUCAAAGCGUGCAGAUCCUGAAAGACACGAAGAGCAUUGCCAGUGUGGUGAAUGAGCUACGUCAUGAGCUGGACAUUGUCAGCGAUGCCCUCAGCAAGAUGGGCAAGCAGCUGGAAGUUUAA